AACAACGACAACUACAACGACCCUUUCCACGAAAUCAACGUCGCUGAUUGUCUAGGAGUUGAUCAUGCCUAACAAGUCAAAAGACACCUUAGCCUACGGCUACCGCCAAGUUGGGACUAACGCAGAAUAUGGCGAAUCUACCCCAUUGGUUGCGUCUCCUGAUCACUUUCAAAAGCUCUUGGAAGACAAUUUCGAAAACAACCUCGAAAGCCCAAUCGAAAACAAUCUUCAAGACUUAAUCAAGCAAUCCAAUCACCACGACCUUCCACCAACAUAUCACCAAUCUCAAAGUCACGGCAUGACUCCAACCAUGACUCCAACCACGGCUCCAACCACGGCUCCAACCACGGCCAACGACGAAGAGCGGGGUUCGCCAUUACUGAGUAUUGGGAUGCCAACUGGUAGACUAGAGGUCACCACAAACCGCUGGUGUGCAUACAGCCUCGCAAUCGCAAUAAUCGCGGUAGGAGCCAGCUCUCUUGUGGUCGCGCUCUUCUAUGUCUUGAAGUUCGCCCGAGAACUUUUCCCAUCAUCCCCUUCGUAAUAACACACGACCUUCGCCGCGUUGGGACUGAUCUUGAAGUGAACCCGAGCUUCCGCAAGCACUUCUUGUUAAGAACACACGACCUUCGCCGCGUUGGACUGAUCUUGGGUUGGGGUGGGGGGUUGCAUUCAGCUGGCGUUUGGGAGAGCGUGCAUUGAAAGGUUACUGCGACUGUGUUCUUUCGAGCUUGAGGCGCUGAUACUCACUACAAUAAAAGCAAAGCUUUUCUGAC